CAGUUCGCUCUUUUCAUCGCCCUCUCUCUGUUUAAGUAUUUUCUCCUCUACGGCUUUUCCUUUAGAAGCCUACCACUCGGUUCUUCAAUGAUUCCAUGAAUUUCUUGGAACCGGAGAUUUCUUCACGGAUUCUCAGUCUGGACAUUUCCGCCGCACCUUCCUUUCUUCACCAGUAGCUUCAACACAAUGACUGCCGUUAACCUCUGUAACGUGGCUGUAUUGGACAAUCCGGCACCCUUUUUGACCCCUUUACAGUUCGAAAUCUCCUACGAGUGCGUAACUCCUCUCAAAGACGAUCUGGAAUGGAAGCUUAUCUAUGUUGGAUCAGCUGAGGAUGAAACUUAUGACCAACUGCUUGAAAGUGUUCUUGUUGGGCCUGUUAAUGUUGGGAAUUUCCGGUUUGUCUUGCAGGCAGAGCCUCCAGAUCCCUCAAAGAUCCGGGAAGAAGAUAUAGUUGGUGUGACUGUCCUUCUGUUGACCUGCUCUUACCUGAACCAGGAAUUUAUAAGAGUAGGGUACUACGUAAAUAAUGAGUACACUGAUGAAAAGCUAAGAGAAGAACCGCCCCAGAAUGUGUUAAUUGACAGGAUUCAGAGAAGCAUACUAUCAGACAAGCCUAGGGUUACCAAAUUCCCCAUUAACUUCCACCCUGAAAAUAAUAACGAAAGCAGUGACCAAGUCCCUCCUCCACCUCCUCCUACUGAUGGCCAUGUCACUGGAGCAGAAAAGGAAUGAGCAGUGACAAUGACCAGUUUUUUUCACCUGACCUUUUGGUUUUGAUGGUCUCUAAUGAAGCUGUUCAUCCAUCUUGAAAACUUGCUAUUUUAACUUCCUUUUGUCUCACACACCAAUCUAGAGGCGGUGGUGUGGUAUGUUUUGACAAAACUUCAUAUGCUGCCGAACUUAAUCUCUUUGUUUCAUUGGCAAGUUUGUUAUAUUUUGUUAAUAGAUCUUAUGUGCUUCAUUUCUCCCUGUUAUAUUUGCAAAUGGGUCUUUUCAUUUUCAGAUAUGCAAAACAUUGACUAUGUAUCCCUAAUCAAUAUUGAACAUGUCAUCACUGCGCUUCAUUUUCACACAUAUCCUUGGUAAAACAAUUUGUUAUAA